AACAGAAUCAGCUGUUCGAGUUGAGGAACGAUUUUAUGUAAUUGAAAUGGCCACGAAAACGGAUAAUGCUGACACAAAAUCGAGUAAAUCAGAGGACACACUAGAAGAUGCGUGGGCUAUUCGCCCCUGCCACCUGUACAAGGAGGAGUACGACGAUUGCACGAGCUUCAAGGCCCGGUUCCACCAGUACUUCAUCUUUGGCCAGGACACAGACUGCUCCCAGUGGCUGACUGACUACCGGAACUGCGAACGGUAUCAGCAGUCCAACGGCAACGACGUCGCCGCCGGCAGGGCGAUAGUCAAAAGCGAGGAGGACCGCCGCCGGAUCCGACUGCGCGCCCACUUCGCCAACGACACCUGGCAGAAGCGGAAGGAGCCGCCGCAGGAUUGGGCCGCUCCACUGCCCGACUGGAUGGAGAAGCGCAACGAGAACACCUAUCUGGAGCUGAAGCAGAAGGAGCUCUCUGGCCAGGCGCAGCCGCAGGGGGAGGAGCGGUCACUGUGUGCGAUCAUGUGAAAAUAUAUAUUUAUAGUUAAGGAAACAAGGAUGUUGUUUCACUGUCAUUUAAGGACUCUAAUGCAUUGUUUUUAAUUGAUUUCUUAAUCAAACAAAUGUUUGACCAAAGUCGCAACGGUCUGGCAGCUCUUCCAU